UGUACGUAUAUACUUAGUUGUGUGGGCAGAAGUUGUUAUUGUGCCUUAGGAAGAUGUUCACUUCAAAAGCAUUAUUAUGUUCAAGUAGAAUUAUAGCGAUUCGUUUAUUUGCAACAAAUAUCGGCACCCCUUCAGCAGUGCGCAUCGUUGAAGUUGGACCACGUGAUGGCCUUCAGAAUGAGCCCAAGAUACUGCCUGCUGCAAUUAAAAUUUCACUGAUCGAUCAACUGUCUGACACAGGCUUACAGACAAUUGAGGCAACAUCCUUUGUUAGUCCCAAAUGGGUGCCACAGAUGGGUGACAAUACUGAAGUGCUGCGUGGCAUACAAAAGAAAUCCGGUGUGAGUUAUCCAGUUCUUACGCCUAAUCUAAAAGGCUUCGAAAGCGCUCUAGCCGCCGGUGCCAAAGAAGUAGCGAUAUUCGGUGCGGCUUCAGAUUCUUUCUCCAUGAAGAAUUUAAAUUGUACCGUAGCUGAGAGCAUAAAGCGGUUUCACCCCGUGCUGGAAGCGGCGCAGAAGGCUGGUGUUAAAGUGCGUGGCUACGUUUCCACUGUGUUGGGUUGUCCCUAUGAAGGCGCAGUGAAGCCAAGUGCGGUUGCCAAGAUUGUAGCCGAUCUUUUUAGCAUGGGAUGUUACGAAAUUUCGUUAGGAGACACUAUUGGCGUGGGAACGCCAGGCACUAUGCGCCGCAUGCUAGAUGAGGUGGUAAAAGUAGUGCCACCAAAGGAACUUGCCGUGCACUGCCAUGACACCUAUGGGCAAGCGUUAGCCAAUAUACUUGUUGCCUUAGAAUACGACAUAACAGUGGUGGACUCAUCAGUGUCGGGGCUUGGCGGUUGUCCAUAUGCGCGCGGCGCCUCUGGCAAUGUUGCAACCGAGGAUGUAGUUUAUAUGCUACAUGGAAUGGGCAUCGAAACUGGAGUAAACCUUGAGAAACUAAUAAAGGUUGGACGCUACAUAUGUGAAGAGUUGGACCGUAAAACAGAAUCAAAAGUGAAUCGUGCUUGGAAAGGUGCGCAAUCCAAUAACGCAUACUAAAUAUUUACUAUACGUGCAAUAAUAACCAAUCGUAUAAAUACUCUAGCAUGAUACCGAAUCUGCGAUAGUGUUGCAUUUAUACAACUU